AUGUUGUGUCAAGUGGUGGGUAGAUAUGAUGCUUCCAGUGAGGCUGCCGCACUCGAAGCCAUUGAGAAACUGGAAGAGCAGGAACUCAACCCGCUACAACAACGAGCAUGCCACGAAGUGCUUCGUUCCUUUGUGGAGCAGGACGCACAAUAUGCCAAAUGGAUCUUGGCAGAUGUGGCAAGUGGGUAUCGCCAAGAUGAUAAGGCCGAAUGCAUCAAAAUCACCUCGGCUAACAUCACCAGCUGGAGGAAACCCAUAGCGGCAUGGAUACACGAACUAGGACCGGACCUGGUGGUGCUGCAGGAAACCCAUCUCAAGACGGAGGGUAUCCAGCAAGCCAUGAGCCAUUGCCAAGAUAUGGGAUACACCUUCAUUGGCAUGCCAGGAAGUACAAAAACUAAGGGUGUACAAGGAGGCCUGGCAGUGGUGGCACCCCGACAUAGGAACCUGCGAUACCUUACUGAGUAUGGGACAGGACCGGCGGGCUUCCUGGCAUGUGCCAUGAGAAAUAAAGGCUGGGAUUUGAUCAUCGUCAGUCUGUAUUUGGAGAGCGGGGUCGGAUUCCAGGCUCCAAACAAUAUCCAAGUACUGGCGAGACUGAUAGCCUUUCUCAAGGGCUGCAAAGUGCCAUAUAUGGUGCUGGGUGAUUGGAAUGAAGCCCAGGAUACCAUGAGGGGCACAACUCUGGCGACAGAAGUUGGUGGUGCAUUUGUUGGAGUGGGGGAACCAACGGCCCAAGGAUCGGACGAAAUCGAUUACGGGCUGGUUGCGAAAUGCUUGGUGCCCAUCCUGCAAGUGAAAACGGAUUGGGAAACCCCUUUUCGGCCUCAUGCUGCAAUGCAUUGGAGGGUAGCCCAACCGUGCAGUAGCCCUGAUGUUCCCCAGAUGAAGAAGGCGGGAGCACUGGUGACGGAGACUGUGGAAUACGAACCAGUUCAAAACACACAGAGCAUCAACAUCUUGGAUGAACCCAAGAUGGUAGAUGAGCUCAGUGAGACAUUUGCUCACCUGAGUGCCGGUGUGGAGAGGUCGAUCACAGGCCGAAUCGACGGUAUGGGUGUUAAAUCGGAGAUUGUGCGGAAGAAAUUGGUGGUUAACAACCCGGAGAACGUUGUUUGGACGGGCAAGAGGGCGGCCUUUUGGAACCGGGUCCAACAAUGGGUCAAACAAGGCAGACAUCAUGGCGAUGCACAUCCGGUGGCGCGUCUGGUCCAACGCAGGCUCGGCGAGUAUUACGAGGGUGAUGCGCAGAACCAGGAGGAUAUGCUUGCGAGUAUCCUGGGCCGGGGUACGGACGCUAGGCUUGUUCUGAAGCGCAUCGACGAACAGCAAUGCUACGCGAGAAAGGCGGAUAUGGAGGAGACAGCCCACCAGUACAAGCAAUGGCUCAGUAAGGCCAUGGAAAAGGGCAUGCGACCAUUAUACAAUGCCUUGCGAAAAGAAGAACAAGUGGUACACAGACCCUACAUGGAAUAUGACAUGCUGGAACGGCCACACAUUCGCCGAGACCACUGGGCGGCAGUGUGGACGACGGGCCAACCGUUGGCAAAAUCGGCCUCGCUCAUGACGGAGCUUGAGGAUGCAGCCAAAAAACAAGCGGCCAGCGUGGAGCCGCUGAACCCUGUCGAGGUCAAGGCAAGGAUCAAAAAACUGGCACUAAAGAGCCCGGGGCCGGAUGGCUGGAGGAUUGACCAUUUGCAGGCCAUGGACGAUAAAGCAGUUGAAGCCGUUGUGUCCUUCUACCAUGAAUGUGAGGCCAAGGCAGCAUGGCCGCAGCAAAUGACAGUCUCCCUUAUAGCAAUGCUGCCGAAGAAUCUGACCCGGGAAAGACCAAUCGCCUUGCUACACAUCCUGUACAGGACUUGGGUCCGUCUGCGAUGGGAUUUGGUAAGUACUUGGCAGGCAGGCUAUGCCACAACUGCCACGUACGACAAGGCAGUCCCAGGCAGUUGCUGCUUGGACGUGGCCGUAGGCAGACUACUGCGAAAUGAGGUGGCAAAGACAAAUGGAGUGCAUGUGGUGUCACUCUUUGUGGACCUCGAGUCCUUUUUCGAUACCAUCCAAUUUCGGCAAUUGAUCAUGGCAGCAACGGCCCUGCAAUAUCCACCGCUAAUCCUGAAGAUGGCACUGGAAGUGUACAUGGGUGCCAGAUACUUGGUGGCGGAUGGGGUGCUAUCGGCAGGCAUCAGAGCUACAAAUGGAGUGCAAGCGGGUUGCCCAGCGGCGCCAUCGUUAGCAAAGGUGGCAUUGCACCCGGUGAUAGAAAAGAUCCAAAGGCGACGAGAUGUGGCAAACGUGGACUGUUGGUUGGAUGAUGUCUCAAUUGACAUCCAGCAUAAGUCCUUUAAACACGUGGCGGAUAGUGCCAUACGAGUCUACCGCAGCUUAAAGGACGGGAUGGAUGCUAAUGGUUUCACGAUUUCAUCCAAGAAGACAGGGUUUGUGGCCAGCAGUACCCAGGCGAGCAAGCACCUGCGUGAACUCCUGCUGCCUCAUGAGCCACAGGUGUACGACGUGAUGCGUGACCUGGGCGUCGACAGUACAGGGGGGCGAAAGCGUCGCUUGGUGACGUCGGCAACGCGGGCCAAGAAAGCCCAUGCGAGACAUAGCAAACUGUCUAGGCUGGGGCCGCCGCCCAGCACUAAACUCCGCGUGGUCAAGGCAGCGAUCACAUCAGUUGCUUUGUGGGGGCACCCCUCUGUGGGGGUUUCACCCAAAAGAAUGAAAUGGCUCCGAACAGUGGUAGGAAAACACCUGGGUAAAUACAAGCUUGGGAGUUUGGAAACCAUCUUGGACAUGGGAGCCAAGAAAUGCCAGGAUCCAAAGCGCACAAUCCACAAGCAGCAUUUCAAAGUGGUGGCCAAAGUUUUCCGUGCAUGGAUCGGUGGCGGAAAAGCCCACUUUGACUUGGCCUGGAAAACCACUUGGAAGAGGUUGAGUGCGGCCAAACACCACUGGCCACUGGUCACGGGGCCGAUGGCAGCAACCAUGGCGUACUUAUUGGAUCUGAAGGUAGAUGCCAGUGACCCAGGCAGAUGGAAGAGAGGAAGUGUCCUCAACGUUGAUUGGACCCAGCCACGCAUGGGUAGCCUCGCCUACAAAUGGCUUGAAAGAAGCAGAAGUGGCGCUGGUGCCCAAGAGGGGCUGGAUUGGACGCCGCAUCACAAGCUGACGAAGCUGGGAGGCCUUAGCCCAGGCCUUAUGGAAGGUAUAAAGUCAGUGUGGCACGCGGGCGUCAUCACGGAGUCCAAGCCAGGCUGCUUUGCAGCAGAUGCCAAAGUGGAAGCGGAAGGCUUGAUCUUCGCCACUGACGCAAGUGGAGGUCCAGGAGGAAUAGACCCACGUGUACAAACAUCAGCCCUCGCAGUGGUGGCUAUGUCCUGGACAAAAGGUGUCCUGGUGGAAGCCGGACGGAUUACAGAGCUGGUCUACCCGUGGCAACCGGUGGUGGACAUGGAGCGCCGUGCACUUUUCCGACUAAUGGAGCACACGGAGGAUCUGAUUGAUGUCACUAUGGAUUGCAAGCCGGCAGUCCAAGUGCUACAAAAAACACAACCGCCGGAGGAUGACCUGGAAUGGAGCAAAGUGUGGAAUGACAGGCGUGUCAAAGAGUUGGACAAUGUGGUGCGCACACUUUCCCUGGCGUACGGUGCACGCGCAGCCCACAUAUUGAGGAAGCGCAAAGAAGAAGACUUCCCCUUCAUUCUGGACCAUGCGCAUUACAAAGAGAAGAUGGAGGUGGUCUUGGAGCAGUACUGCGUCAACCAGCCGGAGGGCAAGCUGGCUACCCAAGCGCAAACCCUUGUCAAUGGUGGAAAUAUGAGCAACGUCCAGAAUCGGCCGGACAAAGGCAAGGGCAAAAGCCAGAGCAAGCAGAAGGAUCAGCCCCGAGAACGUUCCCCGCUUCGACAGGCCAGACACCCGGAGCAGCCUUGGGAGAGGGAAGAGGAGAGUGCUUCGGAAUCUCCGGUGGGUCCGGUACGCCUACGGGAGAGAGGAGAAGACAGCGCGGCCUCGCACCAAGCUGAGGGUGUCAAUACAGAGCAAGAGGCAAGCGAGCCUCGUACAGUCACGCUGGCGGAAGGGCCAGGAUAUGCUCUGGAUCGGCUAUGGGUCAUGAAACUGGCGAUGGAACCCCAGAGCUUUGGCAACGAAGCAGGGUAUGGGGAACAAUUCCCCACCCUGGUCACCAGGACCCUGUGGGCAGGAUGGAUUGGAGUCCUUUUCGACGAAGCGGUGGAGGGUUACUGCCACCACUACUUCUAUGGAAGUAUCAUCCGCAGGGCAGAGCUGUUCAACACAUGGUGGCAGGAACAUCGCCAUGAAGCCGGGGUCCUCAGACAGUCCCUGUUUUACCUGGUGGCUAUAACGUCAUGGCUGACCAUGCAAGGAGUUGCUCUAUCGGAUGUCACGGUGAGCAACGUUGGGCGCGACCCAAUGUCAGGAUCGUUACCACGGGCAGUGUUCUUUGACACGGCGGAGUGGACGAUGCUGCAGGAGGAGAGAUACAAGCUAUCAAGCGGCCUUGUACGCCUCCUGGAGAAGUAUGAUGAGGAGCUACUGGCAACCAUACGUGGAUUGGUCAGAACGUACGACGGCAAGGCCAGCGCGCUUUGGAUGGCGUGCGUAGGCAAUGUCGGGCCAUUUGCCCAGCACCUGCUGGAUGCCGGGAUUGCAAAACGAGGAUGGGAUGGAACCCUACUUUCGGUUCCGGCAACAGAGAUCCAGAAAAUCACGCUGGGCAUGCCGUAUGACGAAGCUGAUGAGUGA